AUGGAAUGCUCAAUUACAGGAAUAGCAGUGGUAUUUGUGAUGACAUUAACGUCAUCCUUACUCAUACUAGUCAUGAUUAUGAUCUGGAAAACUCACAUCCUCCUUGUAAUCGCCUACGCUCUAGUCAUUGGCACGGUUGAGCUCGUGUACCUAAGCUCGGUCCUUUACAAGUUCAAUCAAGGUGGUUACCUUCCACUGGCUUUUGCUAUGUUCCUAAUGUUGAUCAUGUGCGUAUGGAACUAUGUGUAUCGAAAGAAAUACUACUUCGAGUUAGAUCACAAGAUUUCUCCUGAAAAGGUUAAGGAAACCAUAGACGAGACAAAUUCCCAGCGUCUACCAGGACUUGCAAUUUUCUAUUCUGAACUUGUUCAUGGAAUUCCACCAAUCUUCAAGCAUUAUGUCGAGAAUGUGCCCUGUUUACACUCUGUCCUCGCGUUUGUUUCCUUUAAAUCACUUCCCAUCAGUAAAGUCCUGGUAGAAGAAAGAUUUCUCUUCCGGUGGGUGCAGCCAUCUGAUCUCUAUGUGUUUCGUUGUGUAGUAAGAUAUGGUUACAAUGAUGUACGUCAUGAACAAGAGGACUUUGAAAAAAUAUUGGUCGAGAAGAUCAAGGAGUUCAUACGUGAAUAUUGCUUGUUUUCUGUUGCAAUCAAAAGUCACAGGCUAUCCAUGGAAAGAAUCAAACAAUUGGAGAAAAUUGAUUCAGGCAUUAACAAUAUUGGUCCCAGGAAGGCCGCGGAGGAGGAGGACUCAGAUACAAAACAAGUCGAGAUUAUAAAGGGCGAAAAAGAAGAGAAUUUUGCAUCAUUAGUGGAAAAAGAAAUCGGAGUAGUAGAGAGAGCAUGUUGUGCUGGGGUGGUUCAUUUGGUUGGGGAACAUGAAGUGAUCGCGAGUAAAGGAUCUGGUUUCACGAAGAAAGUGAUAAUAAACUAUGCUUACAACUUCUUGAAGAGGAACCUGAGACAAAGUAACAAGGUUUUCGACAUCCCUCACAAGCAUAUGCUAAAAGUCGGAAUGACAUAUGAGCUUUAGAGGAAUUGUGCAUUGCUCCAUAAUUCAAAAUGCGUUUGUGAUUGUUUCCGAAGAAAUGAAACAAAAGAUCUGACACAACUAAGACAAUUAUUGUAUGAAUUAGUUAAUUUCUUGGUAUUUUGUCAUUCUACGAAGAUAAUGAAAGAAGUACUUGGAUGAGUGAACUUAUAUAAAAUUCAUGUCGAGAGGUCAACUUUCA